AUGGCAGGUAGAAACAUUUGGGGGUUGAAGCAGAACUUUGAAGCUAUCUUCAGAAGAUGUGCCUCAACCUCAUCACAAGUGCAUGAGCAUUGCAAAGCCUCCCUGCUGAAGAAAUUGAAUGCCAAGAUUCCUGAAGAGAGCGGCAAUGUCUGCAUCUACAGAGUCCCCGCGAAACUGCGUCAAGUAGAAGCAAAGGCAUAUGAUCCGAGCAUUGUAUCGAUCGGCCCUUAUCAUCGUGGAGAUCAACACUUGAAAGAAAUGGAGGAGGUAAAGCUAAAAUUCUUCCAGAGUUUUCUCAAGUCAAGACAAGAAGGUGUAGUCGAACUAGACAGAGUGAUUGCGGCAAUGGAGAAACUAGAGCUGGAGGCUAGGAGUUGCUACGCGGACGAUGUUAAGCUGAGCAGAGAUGAGUUCGUUGAGAUGAUGACCAUCGAUGGCUGCUUCGUCUUGCAGCUCCUGAGGGAGGUCGGCAGCUGUUCUUCUUCUUCGUCCCUCAUUCAAAGGUGGAUGUUGCCAACACUGCGCCGCGAUUUAAUCAAGCUCGAAAACCAGCUCCCGAUGAUAGUUCUACGCGAAUUACUCUAUGCCAACUCUCAAUGUGAAGACUCGAUUCUUUCCCUACAGGACUUUGCUUUGAAGUUCUUCAAUCCGUUAUUGCAGAGGGACUCGCAUACGAAUGCUGCUGGUGCCACCGUUAUGAAUGAGGCCUGUCACUUUCUUGAUCUAUUCCGAUCCAGCAUUCUCCCCGAGAUACAGGAUCAGGACCGGAAAAGGCAAGUGCACAUGAUCCGAUCUGUAACUGAGUUGAGGGAAGCAGGAGUGGUCCUUGAGAAAUCGCAAAAUGACAGGGCAUUAGACGUCCGAUCAGAGGGAAGGGUCCUGAAGAUUCCGCCACUCCACAUCGACGACCACAGAGGCACCUUGUUCCGCAACAUGGUGGCCUUCGAGCAAUGCCACAAGAAAUGCAAACCCGACGCGACCACAUAUCUGUUCUUCUUUGAUGGGCUCGUGAACUCGGCAGACGAUGUGGAGAUCCUCCAUUACAAAGGCAUAGUCCACCACUCCCUCGGAAGUAACAAGGAGGCAGCGAAUCUGGUGAACAAGCUGUGCAGAGAAGUGGAUUGGGACGGUGAAGAGUCAUAUCUGCACAAAGUGGUGUGCGACGACAUCGAUGUCUACUUCAUGAGCAGGUACGCGAAACUCAGAGCACGCCUUGUUCAUUACUACUUCAGCAACUGGGUGGUCGGGAUCUCGACUGUGGCGGGAUUGUUCAUGCUCUAUCUGACGCUAAUCCAAACGGGCUGUGGAGUCGCCGACGCAAUGAAAGCUCUGCAGGAGAAUAGCUUCUGGUCAUACAUAAGUGAUUCCUUUAUUCUGCUCUUCUCUCAGCCCUCCAGGCCAAUUGUUCAUAAGGACUCGAACAAGGGAUGA